UCAAAAUUAAUUUAUUUGGACACGAGGACCUUCAUAAAUUACAAAUUAUCAUUUAAAAAUAGCAUCUACCUUUAAACCAGACUCUCGCGAGGCAGCUUCCUAGAGGCUCGAAACGGAGCGACAUCGAGGCGUUGUAAGGGAAGGCGAAUGGACCCUAACACACUGUCCACUUGCGUUCCCUCGUAUGGCCACGCGGAGAGGAUCGGACUUUACAUAUUUUUAUGCUGUUUUUAUGUUUCUACAAAAUAGUUAAUCUUAGAUUCGAAAUUGAAGAGAAGUUUUUAUAAAAAGUGAAAAAAAAUGUUAACAGAAAUAAUUCAAGAAGAAACUUCCGCAUUCCGAAGUUUUAUUUAUAAAUUCAUGACCAGAAAUCGUAAAACGACGUAAUCCAUGAUAUCUUAAUUGAAUUGAAGGUCACAUUAAUUGCAUAUUAAACAUAUUUCGUUAGGAGCAAUUCUGAAAUUAAUUUAGAAGGCCUCUUCAAAAGUACUUGACAGAAUUUAAAUGCAGUCGAUAAACAAUGAGUAUUAGGAAAAUAAUUGCUGAUAAGAUUUUAUAUAGUCUCACUCAUGGAAAAAUUUGGCAACAAAGUAUAUCGACAAUGAUCUAAAAAACUGAAAGCAAUGACCUAAAAAAAUAACUAGAGAAAAUAAUAGAGUGGAUUUAUUAUGAAUAGGUGGAAAGUUAAGCCAGAAAUGAAAUAUAUCCCUAUGUUGUAAAGAAUUGAAGUUUAAAAUUGAAAUUCUUCGAGAUCAUUUCUUCACAUAAUAAAGAAUAAGACUCUUUUUUCUGAAUAUCCCUCUUAGUAUUGGGUUCAAUUCCGUCACAACUAACUCACGAAUAUAAGUUUAAAGUUUAAAUAAAUCAACUUUCAGAUGAGAAAAUAAAUGAAAUGUCGUUUUUCACUAGUGCAAAAUGUGUCAAAAAAACGACAGAUAAUUAUGGGCCAUAUGCUUAAUUAAUAAUGAUUCAAUUUUAGACAUAAAUGACAUUUUCUACUUAUUUUAUUUCACAUAUCAAUAUUAUUGUUAUAAUAAUGAUGAAGCAUCAAUCAAUUAUUCAUUUUUCCAUAUAAUCAUUAAGAUCAUUAGUAAAAUAGAAAUAAAGCACUUGCGAAUAACAUAUCAAAAACACUGAUUACCAAGUCCCAUAUUUUUGGAAGAAAAAAGAUAUGGGAUAAAAAUAGGAGAUACAAAUGUUUUUACGCAAAUUGUUUAGCUCCCCCUGUAAGCAAUUUUAGUUGUAUAAGUAGAUAUAUAUGUCGGUUCAAUUUAAAUAGUAUAUAUAGUAUCUCGACUUCCUUGAAGUGUCAUACCUGUAUUCUUUAUUGUUAUCUAUAAUAACAAAUUGAAAACAUUAUAUUAUUAUAGUGAAAAAUUUAUCCAAAGGUUUCAGAUAAAUAUUCGUGUACGGCAAAAACAAUUGUAUUAGUUUAGACGUUAAAGAUGUUUACAGUCAUCAUAUGCAUAUUGGUAGUUUCCAAAAUUACUACAGCACAAAUACCUUCAGUUGGUUCUUGUCCUAAUGUUGAAACUGUUCAGAAUUUUGAUGUAGCAAGGUACCUUGGAAAAUGGUUUGAAAUGGAACGAUACUUUGCUAUAUUUGAACUUGGAGGUAAAUGUGUAACCGCUGAGUAUUCACUUCAUGACAAUGGUACUGUUCAUGUGAGGAACCAACAACUACAAUUUUAUACAGAAGCCCAGACUACCAUUGAUGGAACCGCUCGUCUAGCAUCAAAUACUGGAGAAGCAAAAUUACUAGUCACUUUUCCGUCAUUACCUGUUACAUUUGAUGCCCCUUACUGGGUUGUUGAAACGGAUUAUGAUAGCUACUCAGUUGUUUGGUCAUGUGUAGAUUUGAGAAUCCUAAAUUUUCGUAAGUAUGAGAUUUUAUUUUUACAGAUGAACUUUUAUUAUCCGUAUUUCAGUUAUACGAAUUUGCGAUUAUCCCGGUUACUAACUUAUUUUGGAAAAAAACUUGUAUGUAUAAAUAUCUUAUUUCCCCCUAAUGAUUAUUAUUAUUACUCAAUGAAAUAUUAUUAUAAACAAAUUAAACUAUAUUUAUAAUUUAAGAAUAUGUACAUACAUAAACAAUGAGAUAAAUCCACAUCCUGAAUAGGUUCGUAUCAAAGGAUCGCUAUAAUGUGCCUAUAGUUUCUAAAUUUUACCCGCAAACAAAGUUGAUGUCUUUUUAUUUUGUUAAGUAAAAGUUAUAAAUACAUGAUGCAGAUUUAAAAGUGGGACAACAAAAGAUAACUUCUAUUCAAAAAUGGUAAUCAUUUCAAAAAUAUAUGAGAUUUUAUUCUAUCUGGAAAAUUUAAUCAACAUACGUCUAUUAUGUUUUCAGAAAAUGCUUGGAUUUUGACAAGAGAAAGAGUCCCUUCAUCUGCAACAAUGGAAAAAGCCUACAUGGCUCUGGAAAAGCAAAAUAUUUCAAGAACAUAUUUUCUAAAAACAAAUCAAACAGAUUGUCCCCACACUUAAUAAUUAAUUCAGCUUAAAGAAAUUAUAUGUAUAUACGUGUCUGGGAGUACUUUAAUAAAUUUUUAUGGAUAUGUUUCUUGCA